AUUAGAUUUUACAUCUUUCUAUUCCUUCUAGCGUGUUGGGUCUCAACAGGCAUUUUCACCUUUGGUUAAACAGAGCUAUGAUGAGCCAAACGUCAAGUGUACAGAACGACUCUCGGUUUGACAACGUUUCUACCGGUUUGGCGCUAAAAAACUUCUCAAAAUCAGAUGACGAGUUCGAUGACAUGAGCGAAGGUCGUUUCCAACCUGCUGUAGUCGUUCCAGCGAUUGCUUUGGCGACAUUCAUAGUCAUCACUAACAGUUUAGUUUUGAUCUUGGUGGCAAGGAAAAUAUACUUGAGAUCCAUCACCAAUCUACUGCUAUGUAGCCUGGCCUUAUCCGAUCUCCUCACAGGCCUGGUUUCUGUACCACUAUUUAUGACGUGUAACAUCAUCCGUGGAUUAGCAGUUUGCCUCACAGAAGAGCAAUUGUCUCGGUUCAUUUCAGCGUCGAUUGUGACUCAUCUAAUGUCUGUUGUAAUUGACAGAUAUCUGGCAAUUGUACACCCUUUGCGAUACACUUCACUGGUAACACUCUACAGAUGUACAAUGGUUUUCAUCUGUAUUUGGACAAUAUCGGCUGUCACUUCAUUGGUACAACUAACAUGGCUCGACCCGUUCAACCACGAUCCACAUGAUGAUCUUUCGGAAUCCUUCAAGAGAGCAGAACUCAUCUAUGAUAUACUCUUUCUCAUUCUGUUUUUUCUGAUUCCUUUGUUGUUCAUGUGUUUUACCUAUGCGAGAAUAAUCUUUGAGAUAAUUCGUCAAAGUAGCAACAUCCAGCGAGAAAGUAUGCCUGGCUUACAAAACACCAGGAGGAGAGCUAGGAAUCGUCAUGAGUGGAGAGCCAUUGCAAUCUUUGCCGCCAUGAUUUUCGUUUACAUAAUCUGUUGUCUGCCUUAUUUUAUACUUCGUCGAUUCGAUUUGUCAGAGUUGCCAGUGACUUUUAUACUGGCUGUCGUUUGGUUGAGGUAUCUUGUGUCACUGUUAAACCCCUGUAUGUACAUAUUUGGCAAAAAAGAUUUCCGCCGAGCUCUGAUAGAACAUGUGCGACCGACUAAGCUGCAGCAAAAUUCAUCGACUACGCAAUCAACCGCAUUAAAGACUACUGUUGACGCCAACGAUUUCUAUAGUAAGAGAGGUGGAGGUUACUCGGAAAUAGGCAAAAGAGAGACAACUACUGCGAUCUGAAAGAUGUCUAUUAAACACUGAAUAUGAAUCGUGAUGCUCACUACUAGUUUCCAUAUAUAAAUGCGUGCCGUGCCUAGAUUUAAUACGACUACACAUGGAAAGCAUUCCGUCUGAUACAUUGGUCCAGAGUUGUGGAGUCUAAAACCCAAAAAUGUAAGAGACCUUGCUGCAUUAUCUGUAUCUAACAGCGUAUUAGAAAGCUUGAUUUAAAUUCCUUACUGCAGGGCCGAUGCUCAUCGUUCUGAAAAUAUUUUAUGUCGUACAUAAUAGACACUUUAGUAUUUUAUUAAGUCUAUGCACAUGUAAUAAAAUAUUAUCUACUACGUACUCGUUUUAUCAAUUGUAAAUAGUGUUAUCAAUUUUAAUUCUUUAUUUUAAUUUAUUCAUAGUGUCCCCAUUUAGUGGUUUCUUACUGUUAUUUCAGUUUGACCCUUAAGUAGAGGUAUUCGUUCAUUCAUUCAUUUAUUCGUGUAAAUAAGUUAAGAAAUUAACGUGUCUCACAAAGGUAAUACCCUCCAGCUGAUUUGCUUGUCUUUUCUCGUCAAUUCAAUACACUAUCCAGGCUGGAUAGUAUUAUUUUGCGAUAUAAGUAGAAGCUAGAUCAAAACUUCAUUGAUAGUGAGAAUAGGUAUUCCGGUCAGUUGCCGAGAAAAGAAAUAUUUGUAUUGAAUCCGGCUCCAAGGAGUAAGCUCCAUCAGAACUAGUUCUUUAAAACUUGCAUUGUUUUAGGAUUAUUGACCUCACAAACACUUGAUGAGGUGGCGAAUGGCCCGUUGAAAAAUUUUGGUUCCUGCAAACAACAUCUCUGAUCAAAAAAACUCUUGUCGGUGUGAAAGUCUAGAAUUCCUCUGUUCAAAUAUUUCUGAGUCUGGGAUUUGUUUUUGUGAGUUAUCUUUAUGAGCCCCGGUAACCUGUGCGAUUGUUUUCAAACUUAAAAAUAUUGCAACGUGGAAGAUACGUCUAAAGCAUGAUUUCUACAGAGGAGAAUACUCUUCACGGCCUUUGUCUUUUUCAGUAUUUAUUCAAUAACAUAUUUCAAGAAGUUUCAGGUUUGGCUGGCCUGCUCUCUAGACUUUAUACAUCAGGUUGAACGAGGCGAUUGCCGAGUGCAACUGGCUUUUUGAAUGUUUAGCAAACCUUAUAAGUGUUGAUGUAUUAGCGAUUAUUAAAAACUAGAUAUACCAUAAUCUACAAAUAUGGUUAGCGUACGUGUCAGCUUAAAAUUA